AUAUUUGCAUCACAAAUUAGAAGUACCAUAAUAUUAUUACAGAAUUUCUCUAAGCAAAAAUGGGAGUGAUUAUUCGUGAUUUGAUCAUGGUCACCAUGGCCAUAUGUCUCAUCUCAGUUGCAAAUGCUGCGCAGGGGACUGCCACUUUCUAUACACCUCCUUAUGUUCCCUCUUCAUGCUAUGGAUAUCAAGACAAUGGUGUCAUGAUAGCUGCAGCAAGUGAUGCAAUAUGGGGCAAUAGGGCAGCAUGUGGGAGAAUGUAUAGAGUCAGAUGCACUGGGCCUACCAAUCAGGGCGUGCCACAACCUUGCAAGAGUACCAGCGUUGUGGUUAAAAUCGUCGAUUAUUGUCCCCCAGGAUGUCAAGGAACCAUAGAUCUCUCUAAAGAGGCUUUCUCUGUUAUAGCUAAUCCAGAUGCAGGAAAAAUCAAAAUUGAGUAUACUCAGGUUUGAAGUUCUCCUAGACUAUGGCCUCGUAAUGACGACUUUGUGUUAAUAUGAAAUAAGCAGCUCAUGAUGGAAACUUGAAUGUUUCGAGCAUGGGAAGUUAUGAUAAUAUUUAAAUAAGCAGCUCAUGAUUAAAAUUAAAAAUUUCUUCUUUGAAGCAAGACAUUGUAACUCGUAUGUUUCUAUUGUCAAUCAUGUUGCCAACUUGAUAUUUGAACUUGAAUAAGAAGAGGCCUUUAUCUUAA